CUUUAUUAAAUCAUAUCAAUGGGGACGCCUAAUCCCAAUAGACGACUUGUCCUCCAUAUAUAUAAUUAGGUUAUUAUGGUGGUAAGAGAUCAAACUAAAGAAGAAGGAAACAAACAAGGAAAGAAAAUGGCGAGUCUAGUCCGAGGUAUCAAGUCAGGAUUCCUGAGCGUCGUCGGGGCUCUCAAGUGCGGCGGCCGACCAGCCACCGUCGAAGCACCGGCCAUCUCGCCGGCUACAGCAGCUGCCGCAGCUGGGAAACAGCUUGAUGGAGAAGUGGUUCAAGUGGAAGAAGCUCAUGCGAAGGUCCUGUUCGUGGGAGGAGCGAGUGAGGAUCUUUAUGUCGGAGAAGCAGAGUUCGACUCCGUCCAGUGCAAUCUUUAUUAAUGGCACGCAUGCAGGUAAUGAGAGUCGUGGAGAAUAGAGACGUUGGAGGAGCGCCCAUCGGUUCCCAACCCGGAACCGGUUAGAUCGAUCCGGUCGAUGACCCUUCCUUUCUUUUCCCCUCCCGACUUCUUCCUUUUCUAAUGUAAUAAUAGUUUACAUUUUACAAUCAUGUAUAGUAGCCGUUUACAAUAAUGUAAUAAUAUAGGUAAUGUUUGUUGACUUUGGAUGUCUCUAUUGAUGAUCAAUGAAAUAACGUGAAUUGAAAUUAAAAAUCAC